GCCCCUGAGUUUUAACGGAUUUAAGCCCGGUAAGGGUAUGUCGGAUGCGUGAUCAGCUGUCCAUCUUGCAAAUAUAAUACGAUAGUAAAGUUUAAAUCUUGCUUCUCUGUUUAUCAGCGGUGAUAUUUGAAAAGCUGACGCACGGGAACGAAAUAAGGUUUCAUUGUCUUUGUUGAAUUUUUCGGAAGUUUUCCUAUAUCGUUUAAACCAUCAUGGUAUUAAAGAUGUACAAACCAGUAGAUUAUUCUUCAAAAUCAGUACCAGAUAACGGGAAUAACGAAUACUUUGAUGAGUCUAGCAAACCUUGGCAAUGUAUGAUGUGUGGUAGAAAUAACGUGUUUACAGCUCGUUAUUGUGCAAAUCCCACGUGCUCAUUUGAUAGGAACUGGGGAAGCUGAGAUAUCUAGUAUUACCAGAGCUAGAUUGACGAGGCUAAUGAGAAUAAAUCGAUACCGUAUUUAUAGCAUAUAUCAAGAUAGAAUGU